UCUCCUGGCGCCGCCGCGGCCAGGAAUCAAGGUUCCAAAGAUUCCAUUGGCAUGUACGUGGUCAUGUGCUACAGAUGCAAGAAAUGGCGCGUGAUCCCAACGAAGCAGGAGUUCGAGGCCAUCCGUGAGCGCGGGGAGGAGGACCCAUGGUUCUGCGGCAGAGACCCCGGCGCGGGCCGCUCUUGCGAGCAGCCGGAGGACAUCCCGUACGACAGCAGCCGCAUCUGGGCGGUGGACAAGCUCGGCAUCCCUCAGCCGCCACCGGAGACAGAACGGGUGCUGAUCAUGCGGGGGGACCUGUCUAAGAUGGACACCUACUACUUGAUGCCCAACGGGAAGCGCGCGCGGAGCGUCGCCGACGUGGAGAGGUUCCUCAAGGAGAACCCGGGGUACAGGGCCACUAUGCCGGCGUCGAGGUUCAGCUUCGCGACGCCCAAGAUCGUCAGGGAGACCGUGGAAGAGUGCUCGCAGUGGAGGGCUGUCAAGGCUGAUCAGAGGGGAAUAUCUGAGAAGAGCUCGCUGAGCUGCGCGGCCAUGGCUGAUCAGAGGGAGAGGCCUGAGGAGAACUCGCUAUUGGGGGAUGCCAGGACCCAGAGUGAAAGGUCUGAGGAGACGGACGCGUCGGAUUCUGAUUACUGCUGCCCGAGUAGCAGCGGCGGCUGUGAUUAG